ACUACUCCUGUGGGUCUGCAUUGUUUGUUUACUUACUGGGUUAUUAUUUUCUGUAAGCACAAUGAUCUUAUGGCCACAUUGCACAUUUUUUCCCCUCACAACUUUAGUUUCCUGUACAUGAUGAUUUGCAUAUCUGUGCAGGUGCCCAGCAGCCACAUGGACUUCACGACAACCAGUUGCUGUGCCCACUUUGUAGAGACUUCUUUAACCGCUAUAUACUUGUAUCAAAUGGUCGUGCAGCAGAAUUGCUGAAAUGCCGCCAGGGCAGUGCGGAAUGGCAAUAUGAACGCUCUAUAAGAAUUACUGCCAGUGUAGCUGGAUCUGUACCGAUGAAGGCAUCUCCUGUGAAGUGGAUUGCUAGGCAUUUAAAUCCGAGGUUUUCUGGGAGCAUGAGCACACGCCAUGGGCAAAUAUCUGAGCCCAAAGCUCGUCGGUGGUACGAGCAGUUAAAAGCCACCAAGGUCCAGGAGGUUGGCUUGGUUGUCAGGCCAGAAACAUCAUGGUUGGGGGCAAGCCCUGAUGGCGUAAUUGCUGACUCGCCAACAAUUAUCGAGAUAAAGUGCCCCACUCCCCAGACUUUGGAGAAGCAUGGGAGCCUUAAGGAACUUUUCAACAGUGGACAGUAUGAUGUCAUCAGCGUAGACGGCACACUGAGUCUAAGCAAGAAGGGGAAGAACAAAUAUUAUUUUCAGGUGCAGCUCCAGAUGUACUGCUGUCAAAAGGAGCGUUGCGACUUUGUCGUAUGGUCACCAGGGGAGGCCUAUGUUGUUGAGGUGCUCUACGACAAAGAGUUCCUAGAAACAUAUGUUCCGCAGUUGGAGCACUUUUAUUUUGCUCACCUGCUGCCUGCUCUCACUGACAGGGCUCAGUGAAAGUGCUACAUUUCAUGCAAGUGACUCAGUGCUUUCAUUUACAGUGCACACUAAAUUUGGAUGACCCUUGAGGAGUCUUGGA